GAGAGCAAGCGAAGAGAGCAGGGAUUGUUUGCUCGGCUAGCUCUGUCUCUCUCAGUGGCUCCAGAUUUGUUUCUUAAUAUUUUGUUGCUGUUGUUGUUUUUUCCUUCCCCAGCUGGUUUGCUGUGACUUAACUGGAACAAGACGGAGCUCCUUGUGGGACCUGAGAGCCAUGGAAAGCAAAGGACCUUGGGAUAUGGAAUCCAAUGGGACCAUGGCUGUGCCAGAGGUAGAAGAAAAGCCAGGAAGGGGGAAGGAUGAGCUACAGGAGAGAGGCCAGUGGACCAACAAAGUGGAGUUUGUACUCUCUGUGGCUGGAGAGAUUAUUGGACUGGGCAAUGUUUGGAGAUUCCCUUAUCUCUGUUACAAGAAUGGAGGUGGUGCCUUCUUCAUCCCAUAUCUCAUCUUCCUCUUUGCCUGUGGGAUUCCAGUAUUCCUGUUGGAGACAGCCCUUGGGCAAUACACCAGUCAGGGUGGGAUCACUGCCUGGAGAAAGAUCUGCCCUAUCUUUGAAGGAAUUGGAUAUGCUUCCCAAGUCAUUGAAUCCUAUCUGAAUAUCUACUACAUCAUCAUUUUGGCUUGGGCCCUGUUCUACCUGUUUAACUCCUUUGCUACUGUUCUCCCUUGGGCCAGUUGCAGUAAUCCCUGGAACUCAGAGCACUGUGUGGACUUUCUGAACAUCUCUAGUCAGGACAUCAGGACUGAGCGAACUAAUGCCACUUCUCCAGUCGUUGAGUUCUGGGAGAGGCGAGCCUUGGGAAUGACGGACGGGAUACAUAAUCUGGGCACCGUGCGGUGGGAACUGGCUCUCUGCCUCUUGCUCGCCUGGAUCAUCUGCUACUUCUGCAUCUGGAAAGGAGUGAAGUCCACCGGCAAAGUGGUUUACUUCACUGCCACAUUCCCUUAUCUGAUGUUAAUUAUUCUACUAAUUCGAGGAGUCACUCUACCUGGUGCAACAGAAGGGAUUCUGUUCUACUUGAGGCCAGAUAUUUCAAGACUGGCAGAUCCCCAGGUAUGGAUGGAUGCAGGCACUCAGAUCUUCUUUUCUUAUGCCAUCUGCCAGGGAUGCCUGACAGCCCUGGGCAGCUACAACAAGUACAACAACAAUUGCUACAGGGAUUGCUUUAUGCUGUGCUUCCUGAAUAGCGCCACCAGCUUUGUGGCUGGCUUUGCCAUUUUCUCUGUGUUGGGCUUCAUGGCACAAGAACAGGGUGUGCCCAUCUCGGAUGUAGCUGAAUCAGGUCCUGGCCUAGCAUUCAUCGCCUACCCAAAAGCUGUAACCUUGAUGCCUGUGUCACAGCUCUGGUCCUGCUUGUUCUUCCUCAUGCUGAUCUUCUUGGGGCUGGACAGUCAAUUUGUCUGUGUCGAGAGCUUGGUGACGGCCAUUGUUGACCUGUUUCCAGAUGUCUUCCGCAAGAAAGGGCGCAGGGAGCUACUGAUCCUGGGCAUUGCAGUGAUCUGCUACCUGAUUGGCUUGCUGCUGGUCACGGAGGGUGGAAUGUACAUCUUCCAGCUGUUUGAUUAUUAUGCAGCCAGUGGGACAUGUCUUCUCUUCCUUGCCGUCUUUGAAGUCAUCUGCAUUGGAUGGGUUUAUGGAGCAGACCGUUUCUAUGACAACAUUGAGGAUAUGAUUGGCUACCGACCAUGGCCCCUGGUUAAACUGUGCUGGCUCUUUCUCACACCUGGAGUUUGUCUGGCGACCUUCCUGUUUUCACUCAUUAGAUACACACCACUCACAUAUAACAACGUAUAUCAAUAUCCACCUUGGGGUAUCGCGGUGGGCUGGUUGAUGGCGCUGUCUUCUAUGAUCUGCAUUCCAUCCUACAUUGUGUUCAUUCUCCUGAAAACCAAAGGAUCAUUAAAAGAGCGGUUAUGCCAGCUCACUUCUGCAGCAGAGGACUUGCCCCAGCCAAAGAAGCACCUGUCUGGCUUGUCUGGAAAGUGGGAGUGUUCUAAGCCGGGAAGCCAGUGCCCAGUCAAGGAAGUGCUCAUCACAACAGAGAAGGAGACCAACUUUUAGAACUCAUAGGGAAUGACUUCUUUACAUUCUGGAUGUCUCUGUCCUUAUUUCUGGUGGCUUCUGUUUUUCAUCUGGGAUGAGUUGCUCCUCAUGUUUUCCUACUUAACAGGGUCACUUAAGAAGUCACCACCUUCACUCUACAUUGACUUAGCAUCUGUUUGCACAGGUUGGAACGGCUGCUGUUUCCACAGCAAUAGAACAGCCAUUGUAGACCUGCAAAAUGGUCUGGGAAGGUAUUAGCUGAGGGGCAACCUGAGCUCAGGUGCAGCCUGAAAACCUUUUAACUGGCAAUGCCAGGGGUUGAACUUAGGACCUUGUGCCUGCAAAGCAUGUGCUCUUCCUCUAGAAAUAAAUUGGCAGCAAUAUGUCAGAAUAAAUUGUUACAAAGCUGGGCAUUCCAGGUCCCUGGUUGCUUCCUCAAAUGUCCUUCCACUGCCUCCUCCACUUCUUGGCAAAACAUUUCAAAUACCUUGAAAACCUGAAUCUUCAGCUUUAUUUGCAUAACCUAACUUUAGGAAUUGUGCUUCUGUGGCAAAUUUGGUGGAUAACUUUAAAUAAACAAACAAUUCAAAAUUCAGACGGGAACAGCCAUAGCUCAGUGGUAGAGUACCUGCUUUGUAUGCAGAAGGUCCAGUCCCCAGCAUCUCCAGGUAGGGCUGGAAUCCUGGAGUGCUGCUGCCAGUCAGUGUAGACAAUAUUGACCUGGAUGGACCAAUGGUCUUAUUCAAUAUAAAGAGGCUGCUCCCUACGUUCCUGUGUCACAUAGAUCUGCUACAGGUGAGUUGUUUUUUUAAAAACAGAGUGGCAACAACCCCCAUUUGGACUUCAAAAUCAGAGCCUGAUCACUCAACCACCCCUGUUAGACACAAGCUCCUGCAGGGGAAAAAGCGAUAAACUGGAAGCAAGAAUUUGUCAGAAAAAGAACAUGUCAAAGCCACUUAAGAUCUUUCUUUUUUCCCUUUGAGAAGAGACUAGUGCAGAAAGGAAAUGCAGCCGGCAGACAGUAUUUCAGCUUGAAUGUACUUCGUUUGAUACAGCUCCAUGUGACAUCCUUGAGUUGCUGGAAAAUUAGAGAAAUGCAGAUUGAAUGGAAUAGCUCUAUAAGUAAAUCCCAAAACUACAUUAGGAAAUGUAGGAAAUACCAAGUGUAGGAAAUACCAGAGCUGAAGUCUUUCACCAGAUGGUAAAAGCUAAAAGCUAAAAAAAAUUCUGUGCACAGAGGCCUGGCUUCCUUCCAUUUGUUUCUUGUGUAAGUGUUCGCUCCUAUCCAAGGUCAACUCAAUGUCCUAAACCCAAAGAGGGAGCUCCUUCUGCUUCAUGAACAUUGUGGCUGCAGUCUUACAGCUAUAUGCAGGCUUGCAUGUAGAGCGACUGUGCUCCUGUACCUCUAACAGUUAUGUAGAAGAGGGUAUUUCAGCAAGUUAAAAUGUGCAGAGCUCAGCCCGUUUUUUCACCUGGCCACCCUAUUUUACUGAGAAGUGAUAUGUUCCAACCAGUGGGGCUUACUUCUAAGUAUGGAGGUCUAGAGGUGCAAGCCAGAGUCUCUUGUCUUAAUGUGAUUUUUUUUAAAACAACAACUAUCCAGCUUUGUUUUCAACAUAAUGUAUCUAAAUAGCCAUUGGAAGUGGAACAAUCUGGUUGUAUGGGUGCUAUUUAGGUUCCAGUGGGGGAAGGGCAAGAUUCAACAGCCUACUCUUAAAUAUAUUAAUGAUAAGGAUGGCACCUGGGAGUAAGUUGAGGAUAGGUUUAUAAGAUUGCUGUUACCUGCAAAGAAAGAAAGAAAGAUUGUUGUGAUUACUUUUUAUCCCCACACAAGAACCAGAGAUAUAGGUGCUUCUGAGGACUAAUCUCAUGAGAGACAGUCCCCUCCUUCUCCCUCCCCCAAUGGCACUCUGGUCAGGUUUCAACAUGGCAAACUAUCCUUUCUCUUUAACAGCCACAUAGAUGUUUAUAACACUCCCCAUCCCCCCCCCACCUGGUGCAGAUUCUGUUUGCUCCAGUAGUUAGAAAGGAAACAAGUUGAUGCAAUUUUGUUAGAUGUGGGAUGCAUCCUCUUUUGCAGCUCUGGGCAAGUUUUGCUACUGUUGCACACUGAGCUGAUGUUUUUGUUGAUAUAUUUACCAUGGGCUGCACCCCACACUGCACAAGUGGUAUUCCGCCUGUGCAGUGGGAUUUCCACUUCUCCUCCUCCUGCUGCUCCAGAAGGGCUGCAACAGGGAGGAAAGUAGGAAGGGGAAGCAGUGUUGGAUACAAGCCCAUGUGAUAGACUUCCUUGUCAACUUUCCAGAUAGAAAUAUGCUGAAUAUAAUAGCACCAUAGUCACUUCCCAGUAGGCUCAUCACCCCUUGCAUUUCACAUCAGCGCUACUCAGGAUGAAGUGCAGGGUCACCUCCCCUCUAGUCAUUUCCAAGACCAACGAUGAAAGCCCGUGUUGAUAUGCAAAGAGCAGGUUAGGGCUGGACAAAUAUUUCACUUUUGGUUUCUCUCACUUUCUCAUUCUUCCAUUCUUAAGUUCAGUUCUCCACAUCUCUGCAUCGGUUUACCAUUUUCUAAAAAAGUUCUCAUGAAAAUUUAUCAGCAUUUUAGUGCCCACCUCCUAAUAUGAACAUUUUUCUAGGCAACUUUGCCUAAUUUACACAUUUUUGCACAUCCUUUCAACUAAAAGAAUACAUUUGUGUAUAUUAUUUUUCUAAUAUACACAUUUUGUACAUGUUCCUUGGCUGGAGAACUGCAGUUUGUCUAAAGGUUAGCUGCAACUCAGUGUGUGCUUUGUUUCAAGAAGUGUGAAUUAGUUGGGUUUGCAUUAAAAUACAAACUGAGCCAAAUUUCAUCCCCAUUUCUAGAUUGAGCAAGGCGUUCUGUCCCAAUAAUGGCAAAAUGGUUUGCACCAGUGGAACAUUAUUUUGCAAGAGAAUGUAUAAGCAGAUUGCUGGUAACUUUGUUGCACAACAGAGUAGGCAAUCUGUUGUGCAGGAGUUUCUGUUAGCACAACUGCUGGAUUGGAUUGAUUUGUUGUGCAACAUUAAAGCUCACUGAUCCACUAGUACAAGAGCUCUUGCCCAGUGGACAGAAGAUGUUGGAUCCAGCCCAUAACAAGGAUAUGCUCAUCAGAAUGUUGAGCCAUCAGGGUUUUUUUCCACCAGGAGAAAAAGUUCCUAAUUUCAAGGUUACCAUCAGUAAUAUGAAUGUUUAUAAAAAGCAAUCAGACUCUUGUUUACAGUAUUUCUAUAUACACAAGACAUCAUAUGUAGGACUGCCAAGUUUUUCUGACUCUGUUCCUGUGCCUUCCAUAGGAGAAGAUAUGGAGAAGCUUUGGCCUUCCAGAAGUUAUUGAAGUGCAACUCCCAUCAUCCCUAGGCAUUAGCCAUGCUUGUUGGGGCAGAUGGGAGUUGAAGUUCAGCAACAUCUGGAGGGCCAAAGGUUCCCCAACCCUGACUUUCGGCCAAUUCCCACUCUUAAGCGGCUCCCAUGAAUGUGCCACAGAAGUGUCUACAGGGAGGAAGGGUAGGAUAUAAAUCUAAUAAAUAAGUGCCUAAAGUCAACCAAUGAGCUUGCAGCCAGGUGGCAUCCAUGCCAAGGUGCCAUUUGUCAGAAUUCCAAGCCAUCAUUAUUUUGCUAAUUGUCGUGGCCACAUAGACAAAUCUUCAUGUUAUUAGUGUUUCUACUCGACCAUCUCUCAGGUGCUAGCCAUGACUCUGCACAUGGCUGAUGCUGUCAUGUCUGGAUGAUGGCUACAGUAAAUUUGCUGUUUAUUUCAAAACUGAGGGAUGCUUCAUUUGCUAAAUGUUUUCAUGUCAGGCUGUACAGGAACAUUAAAAAAAAGUUGGCAACACUAGCUCCACCCCUUGAAAGCAUAUUGAGGUUUAUUUUUCAUCUAUAUAUAUUUCAUACACCUUUGUACUUAAAAUAUGCUCAAUA